AUGUUGGCUUUCCUAAAGAUAUGGAAGCGUGACUGGACGGAACAGGGGCAGUUACUGAAAGUUAGAAUCAAUACAGAGCUGUCGGUUUACCAAGCUGCAGCGGGGUUACAAAUCAAGAGUCUUUCAUCUGUUGAUUUGAAUGGGAAGUCAUCAAAGAGGUUGUUGCAUGGAACUUUGGCAUUGUUGAUAGAAGCUGCUGAAGCAUGUUUAUUCUGU